AUGGUGGCGGUGACGUUCAACGAAUUCGUCACAACUCUAUAUGGCCAGACAAUCAAGAUCGUUGGCGAUAUCGAUGCCCUUGGAAAUUGGAAUCCUGACCAGGGAAUUGUGCUCAGUGCUUCUGAGUAUACGCCUAACAACCCCCUGUGGAGUGUGACGGUGAAUUUGCAGCCCGGUCAAGUCAUUGAAUACAAAUACAUCAACGUUGCAGCCGAUAGCACUAUCACCUGGGAGGGAGAUCCGAACCACACUUUUACUGCCCCUGCCUCUUGCGCCACGGCUAUCACAAACCCACUCAAGGGUGGUCUCCAUGCCUAUAUCCAGGCCUUUACCAAGUUGCGCUUGUAUCCCGGUCUGAGCCAAAACGUCAGGUUUGAGCUGGCCCUCGACAUUGCCGUCCUCAAAUAA